AUGAGGUCUCUCCAACCCCCGUGUGACCAGGAUCCCUCACACCGCCACAAUUGUGGGGGCGAAGCAGAAAAGUUCUACCCUCACCAGUGUCUGCAGAAGAAAUGUUGCUACAUGAAUCAUACCUGCUACCACCACAUCAUUGACGGUGGAAUUCAACGGCGCAAUGCAGGGAUCCUUGGUGGCACCUGCGUCGUGGUGAUCAUCUUCUGUGCAUGUCUCUUUUAUGGCUGUAAAUUUAGAGAGUUCCAAAGGAAAGAAAGACUGUCUGAGGGGCCAGCAAGUGAAGGGAACAUAGACGAUUACCUGGUCAGACUCUUGGACGAUGAGAGCAUGGCAGGAUCAGAGCCCCAAGAGGGGACUGUGUCGCUACAGGAAGAUGACUCUUGGACACAAAGAAGAGCCUCUAAGCAGGUGGCAUGGAGCCCGGAGCCCGUGGAGCUGGAGGAACUCAGGAUACAGCGACAGUGGACCCCAGAACCAAGCCCAGAAAUCAGCCUGGGACCGAGCCCCGAACCACCGCCGCUAAGCCCAGAACCACCACCGCCACCAGCUCCUGAAGGACCACCACCUCCACCCUCGGAUGCGCCACCACCACCCACCCCGGAUGCGCCACCACCACCCACCCCGGAUGCGCCACCACCACCUGCCCCAGAUGAACCACCACCACCCGCUCCAGAUGCACCACCGCCACCUGCCCCGGAUGAGCCGCCACCACCAUAA